AUGACGACAAAGGCCCUACACCUCGAGCUCGUUGGUGAUCUCUCCACAGCCACCUUCCUGGGCGCUCUCACUCGGUUCACCGGUCAUCGCGGUCGACCCUCUGAACUCUGGAGCGACAAUGUCACUUGCUUUCGCCACGCUGAUCUGGAGCUGCGCGAGGCGUUACAAAUUGCGGAGAUCGACUGGGACCUCGUCACCGGCUCUCUCGCUUUGCAAGGUAUUGCUUGGCACUUCAUCCCCCCUGGAGCUCCACAUUUUGGCGGACUCUGGGAAGCCGCCGUCAAGUCAGCCAAAGCCCACCUCCGACGCGCAAUGGGCUCCUGUCACCUGACCUAUGAGGAAUUUUUCACCGUACUAAUUGGGAUUGAGAUGGUGCUCAACGGAAGGCCCUUGACACCACUCUCCGGCGACCCAUCCGACCUCGAGGUACUUACACCAGGCCACUUCCUUGCUGGAGCCCCACUCGAUUUCAUCAUCCAGCCCAGGCCUCCCACUGAGAACUUGGACGCUCUCUCGCAUUGGGACCUCGUGAGAGCCAUUUGGGCUUAG